CAUUAGAGGUAAACUAUGGUGCCUCUUCAGCAAAGACGAAGACGGCGUAGAGUUUUGCCACGAACAGCGGAGCGGAGAUUGAUAGUUGCAAGAGGCGUUGGAGGUUUUGGUUUCACUAUUGCUGGGCAGAGGCCUUGCGUUGUGUCUGCGGUGGCCGCAGGAGGGCCUGCCGAUCGCGCCGGUUUGCGUGCUGGAGAUGCUUUGCUCGCCGUAGACGGCGCGAACGUGGCCAGAGCCCCUCACGCGUCUGUGGCGCGUAUGGUAGCAGGUGCCCCGGGCGCUAUCUCUCUGAGCGUGGCGCCACGGGAUUCUCCACCCACUGAUACGGAAGACACUGAGCCUGACGAGCGAACUAGGACUCGGCGACGACAUCCGCCGACGCGACGCCGACCGCAAACCUCACUUCAUCAUUCAGUCUGCCAUGCAGUGCCCAGCACGUCUGGUGUCAACGAGAUUCUUCAGAACUUAAGCCGCGCUCAGCUGGCGCCAAACCACGCCGCCCGGCUCGAAUGCCGAACCGUCGUGGGAUACCUUGGCACAAUAGAAACACCUCAAGCGACAGCCGCGGCUGCACCUGGUAAUGUUCGGAGUGCUGUGCGGAAGCUUCGCCAGGAACGCCGUCCAGCCACACCAGUUCUCCUCUCUGUACUUCCAACUGUACUCUUGCUGCGCCGUCAAACCGGCCAAGUCCUUGCGCAAUAUCAACGAGAACGCAUCGUCUAUGCAGGAUGUGGUUCAGAUACUGAUCGACGGUACUUCGGCCUAGUCACUUCAGCAGAAAUGACAGAAUCUGAAGCGUCUCACAGUUGUCACGUAUUUGCCGUGGAUCUGAGGAUGGCCGAACACGACAUGCACGUGAACAGGGCGAGAGAAUUCCAAAUAGCAUGUACAAGAGACCCCGUUGCUGAGAGAUGUCUAGAAUUCCCACCUUCAGCCGAGUAUGUUGUCGGCGUUAUAAAAGGAAUGUACUCAUUACCGCCCGAUGAUUAUGCAAGUCCGAUUCUACAGCAGAUAUCAAAACUGGCCUUGAAAGGCGGCAGUCCUGCUUUGGGGAACUUCUCGCGGUGUAACAGGGCUGUAUUUCGGGCACCACGGGACAGGAGACCGCCUUGUAGACAAGACGACGCAAGGCUUGAUGGCCAGGAAUUUGUGGCAAACUCGCCGCAACCAAGCAACCACAGCGAAAUAACAACCACAUCCAGCAACAGUGACUCUGGGAUUGGGUUUAAUAAUGAUUGCAGAAAUAUUGCAGACAGAAUACUCGUUGUGGACUUCGCUGGUCAACAACCUGCCACAAAUAAGUUCAGGCAGGAUAUGCCGCGUCGCCCUAUCGGUAUGGUCGGGUGCAGUAGCUUCGACACCGACGGCUCCUUUUUAUCCAAUACUACGCCUGUUGUGGACGGAUUCGGCGGACAAGGCAGGCCCUUGAAUUUGGACGAUGGCAUACUGACCUCAAACGAUCUACAAUCGGUACGCCACGUGAGCCCGCGCAACGAAGAAGAUACAUACAACUACAACAACGUUUACGGAAAUAUGCCUUCCACAUCCCGCAACUACGAUGCCGCUGUUUACGACCAAGUUUAUACAGAGAAUGAGGGGCAUCACUACGAACUAAUACCGCCUCAGCUGGAUUUGGGCGUCGAUCGUGUAACGAACACUUUCAACUCGGUUGAAAUAUAUGAAGAGCGAGCGAGACAGGGCGAUUGCCAGUCGAAUGAGUCCGUAGAGAAUGUGACCGUGAUAUCUGGCAGUACUAGUAAAGCUAGUAUGGACUCUGUGUCGGUGUACUCGUGUCGGAGCCAUGAGGAGGCACGGCCGUCGCGCCGGAGGCACUUGCAGGCAUCCCUUGAUGAUAUGUUAGUGCUAGGGCUGCGCGACCCUCCCCCUUCCCAAGAUAAAGAUGAAGGAACAUUUGUUCACCCAGCGAGCAUUAAAUGCAAGGUUCGUAAAUCAAUGAAACCCCUAAACAUUCUAAUGAAAACUCGACACAUACUGACGGGUAAAGAGAAGGAUAAAGAGAAGCAGGAGGCGCGCAGGCGAGCGUUCAGCGCUAGCGCUGGCGACGUGUGCAGCGGCGAUGCCAGUAGCGGCGGUGCCGGCGCAGAUGAAUCGCUGUCAGCCGCCGCUAGCGAACCAGAUUUGCGAGACUCACAGAGCGAACAGUCAUCACCGUUCCGGCGCUGGACCACGGGUAGCGGCGCCGGUAGUUCGUAUAGACAUCACGAUCAUCGGAGUAUGUUUAACAAGCAACUGAGCGACUGCGGUCGCCAAGGAUCAAGUGAUAAUAAUACAAAUGGGAGUUGGGGCGGCGUUGCCCGCUGGUCUUUAGGACUGGAGGCUUUGCUCGCAGAUCCUAAAGGUGUUGCCGCCUUCUCAGAAUUCCUCGAGAAAGAAUUUGCAAAUGAAAACAUAAGGUUCUGGUGGGCGGUGGAAGAGUACAAUCAUACCGAGAACCCCCAGCGUCGGGCCGAACUGGCCCGCGAAAUAUGGCAGCGCCACCUCGCCGAUGGUGCUCCUGAACCAGUCAACAUUGAUGCUGCAGCACGCCGGGUAACUGCCGAGGGCAUUCGACAGGAGCUCCCGGCAAAGAAUUUAUUUGAGCCGGCAGCUCUACAAGUCUUCAACAUCAUGAAAUUCGACUCAUACCCGCGCUUUUUGCGCUCAGCUGAACACGCAGCAUGCGCACGCGCCGAUCUACGCGGACAACCAUUGCCGUACCAAGGGCAAUCAAACAACUUCGCCAAGCUAAAGAAAAGCGCUAGUAGCGCUUCGGAUCGUCGCCGCAGCGGCGGCGGAUCACUUCUGCCGUGGAAGAUUCGGCAGGCGUCACGUGAACGACCCACAGCCGACGUAGCAACCAGCACGAGCCCCCAGCCGAGCCCCCAAACGGCUCCCCAACCGGGCCCGUCGACCCGAGACGACGUCCGUCCGUCUGUGCCGGUGGCCCGACCUCCAUCCCCGAGCCCCGGCCCGUCCAACUACCACCGCCAGCCCCCCUCGGCUAACUGCCUGAUAAACCACGCUCAUCUCCCUAGCGCUGAGUCUACCCCGAGCAACAGCUUCGAACAUAUCGAUGUGGUAAAGACGAGCCUGCUAAAUGGAGGCACGUGUUCACUUUGCCGAGUCGUCCUCCCGGACGGAGCAACCUCCGUGGUGGGCGUGGAGCAGACACUGCCGGUGCGGAGGCUGGUCGACCGGCUGCUGCAAAGAAGAAAUCUGUUAUGUUUGAAUUACGACGUCUUACUCAAAGACGCUAAACAAGUGAGUGCUGUAAUACGCCAUAAUAACCUUAUUUUAUGUAUUGUAAAUAAAUAA